UGCUCCUGGAGGUGGUGCUGAAGGGACAGCUCCCCGCCCGGCCCUCCGGCCCGCCCUGCGGCGCGCCUCCUCCCUUGCCGGAGGCCGCCCGGAGAGCGAGCCUCCUCGCCGUGCCCAGCUAGCACAGCUGCCGCAGCGGCGCAGCCGGAGCCGGAGCCGGAGCAGCAGCCAUGAGCCAGGCAACGGCGGCGGCCGCCUCUUCUCCUGGCCCAGCCGGUCCCGGCGCCGCUCGCAGCCCGGCGGGACCAUGAAGCGGCAGAACGUGCGGACCCUGGCCCUGAUCAUCUGCACCUUCACCUACCUGCUGGUGGGCGCCGCCGUCUUCGACGCGCUGGAGUCCAAGGCGGAGACGGAGGACCGGACGGAGCUGGAGCGGCGGCAGCUGGAGCUGAGGAGCAAGUACAACCUCUCCGAAGGCAACUACUGCGAGCUCGAGCGGGUGGUCCUCCAGCUCAAGCCGCACAAGGCCGGCGUCCAGUGGAAAUUCGCCGGCUCCUUCUACUUCGCCAUCACCGUCAUCACCACCAUAGGGUACGGACAUGCAGCACCCAGCACCGAUGGAGGCAAAGUCUUCUGUAUGUUUUAUGCCUUGCUGGGGAUCCCACUCACCCUGGUCAUGUUCCAGAGCCUUGGCGAGAGAAUCAACACCUUCGUGAGGUACCUCCUCCACCGCAUCAAGAAGUGCCUUGGCAUGAGGCGGCCGGAAGUGUCAAUGGCCAACAUGGUCACCAUUGGGUUCUUCUCCUGCAUCAGCACCCUUUGCAUUGGAGCAGCCGCCUUCUCCUACUAUGAGAACUGGACCUUCUUCCAGGCCUAUUACUACUGCUUUAUCACCCUCACCACCAUUGGCUUUGGGGACUACGUGGCCCUUCAGAAGGAGCAGGCCCUUCAGACCAAGCCCCAGUACGUGGCCUUCAGCUUCAUCUACAUCUUAACUGGGCUGACCGUCAUUGGGGCCUUCCUCAACUUGGUGGUGCUACGAUUCAUGACCAUGAAUGCCGAGGACGAGAAACGCGAUGCAGAGCACCGGGCCCUGCUGAGCCACAGCGGGCAGCCCAGCAGCGUGCACACCACGGACACUACGGCCUCCUCGACCGCUGCUGCGCUUGGGGGCGUGGGGGGCUGCGGGAGCAGCAGCAGGAGAGGGGGGCUCCGGAACGUCUACGCCGAGGUCCUCCACUUCCAGUCGAUGUGCUCCUGCCUCUGGUACAAGAGCCGGGAGAAGCUUCAGUACUCCAUCCCCAUGAUCAUCCCCAGAGACCUGUCCACCUCAGACACCUGCAUGGAGCAGAGCCACUCCUCCCCCGGGCAAUACCCAGAUACUCCGUCCAACCGAUGUUUCUGCAACGCCCAGCGCUCCGCCAUCAGCUCCGUCUCCACAGGACUCCACAGCCUCUCAGCCUUCCAGGGACUUAUGAAGCGCCGUAGCUCUGUGUAAAGGGUCUAGGGAGCCCCUUUCAAGACUGCCCUUAACCACAGAGAAAGGGGGGGGAGGAGGAGGAGGAGGAUGGAGCCACAGGUGCACAAUCCCAGGCGGAGAGAAACGGCAUCAACCAACCCUAGAAUUCAUACAGAUAUAUCUAUAAAGAGAAAGGAAGGGUCAGCAGCAGCAUGCAUGCAUCUUGGGUGUGCGCAAAGAAAGGAGGUGCAUAGGCAGAUGGAUCAAACUCUGGGUUGGCCUUCCGGGUCAGUCAGUGUCCUGGAGAAGCUCAGCUUCUACAGCUGGCACUAGGAGUGGGUUCAGCUGCCUGCCCCUAUAGAUCAGGAAGGGAGGGAGAAGAGGUGACCCCCCCCCGAGGGUAGACAUGGAGGAGCCUGUUCUCCCCAGGAAGGGAGUCUCAGACACGCCUUCAGCUAGUCACAGUUCUAAAUGUUCACUUUCGUAGCAACUCCACAAAAUGUGAAACUUGAAAAGAGGUCUUUGCACCCUUAGAGGAGUGUUGUAUGGGGCAGAGAGGCUCUCCUGGCUGUGUGCGUGCGUCUUGAUUUAUACCUCUGUGGACUGAUGGAAGGAUGUAGCAAUUCUCCCCACCCCCAGCCAAUAAGUGGGGGCAGGAGUGGGAAAUUAAGCACCGCAGGACCCACUCCAUUUAUUUGAUCCCCUUCAUUUCAGCGGUGAGUGAUCGCCUCUUUUCCCUGUCGAUGGCGUGCCAUGCAUGUAGAGGGCUAUGUGCAUCUGACACGAGGAAAGGAACUUGUUUCUGAACGUGUACAACAUAGCAUGUAUGGUGCUCAGGUGUAUAAAUAGUGGUUGCUCUCAGGUCAGCAAAAGCCGCCAUUUAUGUCCAUGUGUAAAGAGCAGUCGCUGCUCUCUGUCCUCCAGAGUACAAAGUACUCCAGAGUAUGAAGCAGCUCCCUGGUGGUGCCUCUGCCUUUGUGUGUACACAGCACCGUUGCAUUUGCCCUCCUUUGCAGCUCUGAUGCACAUAGGUCCACUACCAAAGCCCUUAUACAGGUGAACACAUUGCACUUGUAAUACCCACAACCCCCCCCAUGGAUCUCAAAGUAGCGCCUCAUAGAUUUCCCCUCUUCUCUUGACCCCUCUCUGCCGCUUCUCGCCCUCUGCAGUGUUGCAAUUGUAGCUUCCUCUCAAAUCCGUCUCUCUUGGGGUUGGUGGGAGUGGCCCCUUUUUCAACGAAUGUUUGUAUCGCUCUCAAUGUCUGACUUGCUGAUAGGAGGGCAGUACAUGCUCAGGUCCGUCCUCCAGCUUACCAAGAACUUCCCAGCCUCUUUGGAUGUGCUGAUUUACUGUGAAAGAGCAAUAUCCAUUUGAAAGAGGUGAGGCCUGUGCCUGCUAGGCAAGAUUGGGUCAGGGAGAAGUCCACUGUCCCUGAGCCAAUCGCUCGUGUUGGAAAACCAACCACGACUCUGCCGCUGAUCUUGGCCAGUGACCUGUGAACUAACCCAUGUAGCCGUUUGGGCCAUUCUUGUCAGGGUUUCAGCCAGGCCAGUGGCCAUUGUGUCAAUUUUCUGUAAGCGCUGAAACACAUGAUCAGAAGCAGCAGACCUGUCCAUUUCAGUCUCUCUUAGCUUCUCAUCAGUUCUCCACAUUUCCACAUCAGUUUAAUGAAAAGAAAAAAGUCUCAUGAAAAUUCAUCAGCAUUUUAUGGCAAAUUUCUGCUUAUGGGCACAUUUUUAUAUGCAUUUUUGCAAAGCAAUUUCCCCUAAUAUAAUGCAGGUUUGUGUGUUAUUUUCACAAAUAUAUGCAUGUUUAUGCACACUUGCCCCUAGCAUAAGAUUUCUGUACACAUUACUUGUCUGGAGAAGGAUGGCCUUUCUUCGGUUUGUGUAUUGCUUCUGAAAGUGCGAAUUAGGUGGGUUUGCCUUUUAUUGCAGACUGAAUCAGAGGUCUCCCCCAUCCCUAAUCACAUGAUCCUGCAUUUGCUGGGCCCAGCCACUUCAGAUAGCAGGUAUGUGUGUGUGUAUUUGCAUAUUUGCCCCACAAAAUAAGCUAGCAUGUUAGGGAAAAGACUCAGCUUAAACCUCUUCUCCUAACAUGCUCUUUUUAUAAUAUGUUCAGGGAACUUUGUUACUUGGGAGAGUACUCAAAUGCGUGCCUCUCCACUUGCAGUCUGAAGUGGUACAGUCCAGCAAAAUAUGCCCCCCCCACUUCUUCUCAUCACGUUUCAGCUCUAAGUCCCCCUCCAGCUUUGUUACCUAAGAUCUUUUCACUGGUGAUGUCAGCAAUUGAAACUAGCUCUUAGAAAAGGCAAACAUUUGUAGCACUCCAAUGCCACCCCAACUUGAGCUGGGGAACAGGGGACACGAGUGUUUCGGUGCAUCUUCAAAUGCCAGUUCAACCGCACCCUUGGAGAAGCAGGCUAAAAGUCCACCGUGACUCACGAUCUGAAGAUGUGUUGAAAUGAUCUGCCAACCAGCUGCUUCCUGCAAACCAGCUGCACCCAAAUGGUUGUGUGAAUUGGCCUUCCAGCCUGGGUCGAAGUCUGUGCGAUGGUCACCUCUGGCUUAUAUCUCCCCUAUUGCAAUUGAUUCAUUUCAUUGAUUUGUAUACACUUUUACCCCCAUUAUUGCUUGCCUUACCCUGUCCAGGUAAGCUGCAGUGACAACAGGGUUGGGAGGGGCGCUCUAUGGCUCUGCCCCACUCACCACACAGGUUGGCCAAGGCUGGCACCAUUUGAUGGCCAGGUUGGGCCCUGACCAAGGCCCCUGAAGGGUCCCUGAGGGUGGGAGGGUGGCACUCCUGUUCCGUGAUCUGCAGCAGCAUUGGGUCCUGCAAUCCGACCCUGCUGUGGAUUGCCAAGAGGGAGCUCCCAGGCACCCCCUCAAUACAGACAGCAUGGGCUUCAAUAAGCCCACCUGCACACCCCACCUGCCUCUCUGUGUGGGCAUGCCUGUCAUCACCCAAUAUGGCAGCAGGGGCUUCCCUAAGAGGCUGCUGCCUCUGCCACCAUCUUGGUUGAUGGCAGGCAUGCACGCUAUGCCUACACAUCAUUCACAUGAGAGGUAGUGGGGCAUGCAUGCAGGCUUACUAGCACCACGCUGCCUGUAUCAAUGGGGGUGAUAUUGGGCUACAGUGCUGGCCCCAGCUGGUGCUCAAGGGCCCAGUCAUGCCUGUUGCCAGCCCUGCAGGCAGCAGCUGUUUCUGAGCACUGCCCCCCCCAUUCCGUUCCUUCCUGGGGCAAGUUCCACUGGGCUUUUCUUGCCCCCCGCAUCAGUAGUCAUGACCUCUUGCUUUGGAGCAAAGAGCCUUCAUCUUCUUCCAAGGAGCCUUUGCUUUCCUUUCCAUAUACUUGCUAUCAUCAAUGUGGAGAGAGCAGAGUGUGAGGGUGGGUGGGGGAAUGCAGAGAGUGAGAGAGAGAGAGGAUGACAGGACUGCUCUGCUUCUUGGCUCAAAUGGGGACACGCAUCAGCAAGCAAAUUAGGCUAAGACGGUCUUAGGCUAAAGCUGUUUAUAUUUCUGCCCACGUGUCCCCGCCUGCCGUGGCAGAAGUAUCCAGCCUGGUGUCACGUAGGCAAAGGAGAAACAUGAGGCUGCCUGGUAUGUGCAUAGGGCUGCCAGGGUCAGGGCCUGAGACUGAUCUUAUAUCUUUAGGAGAAGAGAAAGUCAGCCAAGUGCAGGUGUUCUUGCAACACUGUGAAGUACUUGUUCCCCUCUAUUCAGCACUGGUUAGAUCCCAUCUUGAAUACUGCGUCCAGUUCUGGUCUCCACACUUCAAGAAGGAUGCAGACAAACUGGAACAGGUUCAGAGGAGGGCAACAAGGAUGAUCAGGGGACUGGAAACAAAGUCCUGUGAAGGGAGACUGAACGAACUGGGCAUGUUGAGCCUGGAGAAGAGAAGACUGAGGGAAGAUACAAUAGCACUCUUCAAGUACAUGAAAGGUUGUCACAUAGAGGAGGGCUGGGAUCUCUUCUCGAUUGUCCCAGAGUGCAGGACACGGAAUAAUGGGCUCAAGUUGCAGGAAGCCAGAUUUCGACUGGACAUCAGGAAAAACUUCCUAACAGAGCCAUAGGACAAUGGAACCAAUUCCCUAGAGAGGUAGUGGGCUCUCCGACACUGGAGGCAUUCAAGAGGCAGCUGGAUAGCCACGUGGAUGCUUUGAUUUGGAUUCCUGCAUUGAGCAGGGGGUUGGACUUGAUGGCCUUGUAGGCCCCUUCCAACUCUACUAUUCUAUGAUUCUAUGAAACCAUCACCCCAAUCUAAGAUGUGCAAAGGAUGGAUUUUGGGGUCAUAGGAAUUUAGCAAGCUGCCUUAUGACCAAGUCGGACGGUUGGUGCAUCUAACUCAGUAUCGGUGAUGCUGUUUGCCCGUGGAUUUCCAGGGUUCCAGGGAGGAGUUUUACCCACUUGAUAGCACUCUGCACAUGCUCGUGAGUACUCCUUUGCAUAUUCAAGGGCUCAACUCCAGUGUUCAAAACAUGGUUAAACCCUGUCUCAGGGUUUAAAGGGUGGCACUUAUGGCAGCCAAAGCAGGCCUUGCACCACUUCUCCAUCUCCAGCCCUUCCUCCUUCUAACUCGGGGGUAGCCAGUGUGGCGCCUUCCAGAGGAUGAUGGGCUACAGUUCCCAACAGCCCCAGUGGCCAGCAUGGCCAAUGGUUAGGGAUGACGGGAGCUAUAGUGCAAUGAUAUCAGGAGGGCACCACAUUCAUUCCCCUUGUUCUCAGUGCUGCUGAAUGGAAAGCGAGCCCUGGGUGUUUUGACACAAAGCGUGGAUGAUCUCUUUCCAGAAAAGGAGAGGCUGCCUUGAGCUGAGCGAAAGCCCUUUUCUUCUCCCUCCUUCAGGGCAAGGGAGUUUGCCUUCUGGCCAGUGGAGGCUGGUGCCUCUGUGUCAGUGGGGCAGGAGAAUCCGUGCCGGGUUUUAGUCUGAACUUCCAAGGAGCUGUCCAAGGUGCUUUCAGCCACUGCUUUUCGCCAUCCCAAGACUGCUUUCAUGACCUCUUCACACAUUGCAUUUUGAAGAUGUCCGCCUAAGAUGUUUUUAACUGUGUGCAGCUCAAAAUGUGAAGUGAGGAUGUGGCCAACAGGUGCUUGGCAUCACAUGCCUCAUAAACAGGCUGGCCUCGUGGCCUCUGUUACAGUGGACAGUCUCUAUUGGAAGGAUUGUCUAGUUCAAGUCCGAUUGAGAGAUAAAAUGGGAGAGCAUCAAAGGCCUUGAAGUUGCGCAUCCACAGUUGGCACCUGGGCAGCAGACUGAUGUGGGGGGCACACCAAUCCCCCGGUCACAGCCUCCCCCACUUUGCUGGGACAUAUUUUAUUUUUAUUUAAAUUAGAGCAAUUCCUUCUAAAUUUGACAUCUGUAUGGAAAUGUUGUGCAAAUUGGUGCCCACUUUUGUCCUUUGCACGUGAUGCAUCUCCUCUUUCCCCCCCAUAAAUGCAUAAAAGUGGCCAACCAAUUCAGACAGGUACACCUGUCAGACAGGCCGGGUAGGCUGAGGCUCCCUGUUGAGCAUACCUAUCUGGUUGCAAACCUGUCUGUGUGGCUUUGCGAGGUGUGACGUGGCCUUCAGAAGGAAGUCUUGCCAUUGUGGUUGCUUAGUAAGGUAGUUGAUACCAGUGGCUGUGCAAUGGCUUGAAUGUAUCCAGGGAAGUGUGUGUGGGAAGGGCCACAGAGGGUCUGCUUUGCGUGCUGAAGGUUCAGGUUCAGUCCCCAAUGGCAGCAUCUCCAGGGAGGGCUGGGAAAGAACCCAGUCUGAAAUUGUGAAGAGCCACUGCCAGUCAGUGUAGACAGUAUGGAGCUAAAUAGACCAAUGGCUUGGCUCAGUAUAAGGCAGCUUUCUGUGUUCCAGUAGCAGAUGGCCUGGUGGGGCGGAAGCACUUAACUGACCUCCCAGCAGGUGAGUCAUUGCUGCUUACCAGGAGGGGGAAGUGAAAUGCAGUGGCAACUGGAUUGGCUCAGCUGGUCCGUUUGCGCCACACUGAUCUCGAGAUCCUCACUGCCACCUUGCCCCUCCCCUUCCCAGUAAGGAGUAGCAGCUCACCUGCUGGAAGACUGGGUAAGUGACUCUGGCCUAUCACACCGUCUACUACUGCUAUGCCCCUGUGUGGGAGGUGGCAACUUGUGCUUUACCACAUGCCCAGAGACUACGAGUGCAGGACAUGAAUGAGAUUUUCCCCAAGUCUUCAAGAUUUUUUUAAAAAUGUUAUUCCAUUAUUUUCAUAAUUAAGAACUAUUCAUUUUUAAUUCAGUAAUUAAAAUCACCUUUGUUUCGUGAGGAAGGCUGCAGUCCUAUACAUGCUUCCCUGGGACUGUUUCACUGAACAUAAGCCAUAUUGCUUCUGAGUAGACAUGUAAUGGGUUAUGCUGUACAAUAUCAUGUGUUGUAUCCAAUGUAGCGCUAAGUUAAUGCCACUUAGUUGUUGAGCUGGUGGAACAUUGAUUGUGCGCAAGGGAAAACACAAGUACAUUACCAAAGAUUGCUGUGCACUGGAUUGCACAACAAGAAUCAGCAGUUGCGCAUCAAGUUGAUGCUAGCACAACUGUUAAUAAUAAUAAUAAUAAUAAUAAUAAAAUCUUUAUUUAUACCCCGCCCUUUUUCCAAGUGGAACUCAGGGCGGCUUAUGACAACAUAAAUACAUAUGAUUAAAACAUUCAAAAUUCUACAUUAAAAUAAGAUUAAACCAUUAGCAAGAUUAAAACAGUUAACAUCCACUUAAAAUAAAUAAAACAAAUUAAAAUAGUGCAAUUUAGCAAUAGAGAAUGCAGCAACCUCUCAACGAACUGUCCUAACCACCUUUUAUUCUAAAAGCCUGCUGGAAUAAAAAAGAACUGUUGCACUGGAUUCCUUUGUUGUGCAACCUUUAAACUCUGCUGUCCCACAAGCACAAGGGCUUUUGCACUAGCGGACAGAACAUUGAAUAUGGACCCAUGUCUCUGAUUAUUUCAAUCUGAAGGGGAAAAAAUCACUACCCUUAAACAAAUAUAACUUGAAAAGAACAGAAUUAAAGUAAAGCAUACAACUGUAAAUUAUAUAAACACAUAUUUUUAAUUUUCCAUAGAAUAAAAUGCACAGCAUAUGUUUUUAGGAUAACUUUUUAAAAUUGGCAGUAGCCUUUAAGUGGGAUAAAAAAGUGAUUUCUUUAUAUUGUUUAUGUUAUGCUAUGGAUUUUUUUUAAAAAAAUCUAUGUUUAUAUAAUUUACGAUCAUAUGUUUCUGAUUAUUUCAAGCAUCAUAAAGAUAACCUAGAUGAGAAAUGAUAUUCCUUACCAAUUCCAAAAUCCUGUCAGUUCCUAGAAUGUAUGAACCAACUGAUCAGAUGUUGACCUGGGACUUUCACACACAAACACCAUUGAUUUGCAUUGCACUUCCAAAUCAUGGAAAUUGCUAUUGUCUCACCAUUUGUAUUGUUUUGCCAUCUCUGCAGAAUAUAACGGCUCACAAAAUAUCCCCAAAGGCCAAUUCACACAAUCUGGUUAGUGCAAUGAAAUCUUUGGCCAUGCUGAGGGUCAUGGGGAGGUGCCUGUCAUGUGACCCCAAUCUGGAAAUCUGGUGCCCUCAUGCCGUGAAGGAAGCAUUGGCUAAAGUUUUAGGGACCCUACUAGCCAAGGAAAUGUUGACUGUAGGUUUCUGUCCCCCCCCCAAGUUCCCUAUCUCUUUCCCGCACUCUGUAAGACAGCCUUCACCAAUCUGGUGCCCUCUGUGCUGGCUGGGGCUGAUGGGAGUUGUAUUCCAAAACAUCUGGAGGGCACCAAGUUGGAGAAGGCUGCUGUAGAACAUCUGAGCUCUUUGUCCAAGCUGAGUAAUGGCAGGGCCAGUUCUCAGUUGGAAUGUGUAUGACAGGCACAAGGCACACAGAAGGCUGCUUCCUUUGUGCUUCUUGCUCCUCGCCCAGCUGCAUUCUUCCACCAGCACCCUCCUUCCCCACAUUUGUGCCUUUGCUUUGGGCUGUAGUGGCUCAGUGGCAGAGCCCCUGCUUUGAAUGUAGAAGUCUCCAGGUUCAAUCCCCAAUGGCAUCUCCAGGAGAGUUCCCUGCUUCGAACCCUGGAGAGCUGCUGCCGGUCAGUGUUGGCCAUACCAAGCUAGAUGGGCCACUGGUCUGAUUCCGUAGAAAGCAGCUUGAUAGGUUCAUGUCAUCAAAGAUGCAGCAUUUCCCACCAUGCCCGAUACGGAGUGGUAAGAGAUGCAAGGACCUCUGGCUGGGUUCACGAGGUUGUCCGACCCUGGCACCCUCUUGUCACCAAGACAUUGUAUGCUUAUCUGCCACCUUUAAUGCUGCAGGAACCUCCCCCAAGCUGGUGCCCUCCAGAUAUUUUGGAUCGCAACCCACAUCAGCCCCAACCGGCAUGGCUAUGCUCCCAUCAGCCCCAGCAUCGUACAACCCUGAUGGCUGGGGCUGAUGGGAGCUGUAAUCCAAAGAGGCACCUCCCUACAGCACUCUGGGAUCUCGUAGGAGGGCUCAGAGCAGCUCUUCAUCUGGUUUGUGGCAAGACACUGCUCAUUAUGCAGCACACGGUUCCUAAUCCGUUAGGAAUGGCCUGCUUGAGGGGUGCCUGGAAGCAUGUGUGUCCACUGGAGAGCAAGGUGUGGCAGUUGCCCCCUCCAGAUGAACUGUAACCCCCAGUUCCCCAGCUUUCAUUUAAAAGCAAGAGUAUGUUUCUAGCACUUGUAGAACCUGAGAUAUGAGGUGAAAUGCCAAGACGCCAUCCUUCUCAUUCCUUUUGGAGGGAGUGUUUUGCUUUGCCCCCCUGCUCCUCCCCCAGGGAAUGCCUGCAGGUGCCCAUGCCUGGAAGCAUCUGCCUGCCCACAGGAUGCUGGACUAGAUGGGCCUUUGUUCUGUCCCAGCAGGGCUCUCAUCAUUAGCCUUGCAAGGAUAACAUGUGGAAACUAUAUAUGUUGAUCAUUAUGAUCAUCUUUACCACAAAACAGUAGGCCUCCUGCUAGAGGAAACCAGGCACACACACUAAAGCCAUGCCAGGACAAAUGAGUCAGCACUUGAAGUUACAUGCAACAUCAGUGAUCAGAACUGGGGCCACGUUGUGGGAGACUUAGGGCAUGUUCAGACUGAAGUCGCUCCUGGACAAUCUUGCUGUGGUGGAUCCCAGAAUAUUUUGAUUACCCUUCCUUAUGCAUGAUCUACUAUCUCUCUCUGUCUCUCUGAAGCUACAGCCUGUUUUCACUGAAUUCUAAAUUUUACCAGCCUUGGCACAUCCAAGAAAAUGGGCAUACUCUAGUCAUUUGCCGCAAGAUGAAACGAAGGCAAAUCAAGAGCCCCCUAAUUAUGCAGAGACUCUUUUCCCUGCAUUGAGUUCCAUUUGGCCUCUGAUGAAUCAUUUGGCUAGGAAAACAAAUCUGGAUGGAAGGAAGUUACAGGAUUGUUAUCUCAGAAGAAUAGAUCACAUAAACAAAUAUGAGUUCAUGUGCAACCCAAUGAGUUAUCAGAAGUGAUUCUCCUAUAACGAAUGUGACGAGAGGGGAGCCAUCUAUGAUGGAAUGUAAUGUUUGUUUUUAAAUUAUUUCCUGGUUCUGCUUCAAAAUCAGAGCCUUUCAUCCAAUCCCUUGACUGCAAGGAAAAUUCUCAGGGCUUCACUGCUGAGGAAAAUCAAGAUAAUGCCAGGAUAAUAAUGCUAAACUACAACACCCAGAGCAUGAGUAACAACAGUGACAUUUGAAAGCAAGUGAAGUGAGGUGUGGAGCAGAAAAGCAAUGGUAUGAUGUGCCCCCUUGCCACUUCCAGCGUCAGAAUGGCAAUAUUUUCCCCCCACAACUGGGACAGAAAUCAUUGGCUGGGUGGGGUGGUGAUAGAACAACUGGGGUGGGGUGGGGAAGUGGUUGUCAUAUAACUGGGAAGGCAAUGGCUGUUAAGCAAAGGAAAGGGAGGUCCCAGCUGUCUGCACAGUGUCCCCACAGACACGCCACCUCAGAUGGACAAGCUGACCCUAAAACACCAAUAAAAAGAAAACAUUUUGGACGCAUGGUUUGUUGCAAAAUAAAUCCAGAAAUCAUUGCAAGUCUCUGCUGCAAAAGAAUGAAGCACAUUAAAUGAGAAAGACAAAGCCUGUAGAUAUUUCUCUGGUUGGAACUGUCCCCACAGCCUAUUGCAUUGGUGGCACCACAGCCCUGGCUCAUUCCUAUGCCCCUCGUUUGCCAAAGAACUGCUCUGCUCUCCCUUUCUAGCCAAACUUGUGUGGCAGAGACCCGGUGUCAAGUCUGGAAGGAAAUUAACCCUGGCCUACUAUCUAAAUGUAAGAUGUGGCAGCUCCAUGACCGAUGCUGCAAGAUGCUGGGGAAAUGCUCAAGGCUUAUGUAAGGCCAAUGCUCAGCCCUAUCAUAUUGGUUUCUUCCUUUUUGCAGCCAAUCCACUCUGACUAUUAGCUUUUGGUGAAUUGAAAGGGCACCAGGAAAUGGGAGGGGGCAACAAGAAGGCAGUGUUUUUGUUUAGAAAAUGACAAAGCUGAACCUGCAUUUUGCAAUUUUUUAACAAGCAAAUAUUAAAACCCGCAUAUUUCUAACACUUGAGAACAUGUAUAUAAUGUUAGAUAUGGGAUUUUAAAGAAGAGCUAUUUAUUAUAAACGAUGCUAUGUACACACCAUAUCUCUAAAUAUAGACCUAUGUCUUGCAAGAGUGCUGCAAGAGAACCUGCUUUGGAGCAAUUGGGGAGAAUUUUAUUCUUAAUUGGGGUUUUUUUUCACCCGUAGAAGAAAUAAGAGUUGGGGGAGGGGGGGAAGUUGGAAUAAAAUUGCUCCUGGACAAAUCUCUUUUUCUCAUCAUGCCAAAGCCUCUUUGUACUGCUGUUUUACUUACUUUUCAUUUUAGAAACA